UGCUGCGUGGGGCUGAACCACACUUAAACCAAGACCCAAGCCACGGGGAAUUAGACAAGCACAAGUUCAAGAAGCUCGGUGGACCCUUUGUAGCCAGCAACAAGAACGUGGCCAAGUGAAGAACCGCUGGAGCUAUUGCUGUUUUCUUUUUUUCUUCUCCCCCCUCAUUUAUUCUUCUUUUGCAACUCAUGACAGAGAUUUUCUAAAGAGAAACCAAAAGAAGGAGGCAAACUUCAGCGGAGCGAGGCUGAGCAACACAACGUUUUUGAAGAGGCUUUCCUUUUAAAAAGAUCAUCUUGAUUUUUUCACAUUUAAAGGAUGCGAUUUCAAUGAUAAAACCAUUUGGAAUAUGGGACUUUUAAUCUAUGAUUUGGACCAUGGGGACAGGCAACUAUGUUUUUGUGCUCAGCUCUGGGUAAUUUUGAUAACUCUUGCAGGUAAAAUCUCUCCAACCAGCUCAGAUGCCCUCCUCAGUUCCUCACCGAUGACAGCCAGCCCUUCACCACCCAAUGUGUACCUCCCCGCCAACUUCAAAAUGUCCAACGCACAACUGGCUUUCUUUUUGCGGGAGGCUCAGAUCACAGGACAAACAGUUGGCGGCGGCAGUAAGAGCAGCAGCGGUCCCAGCACUGGACACCCGCUGCAGCGCUCAGAGAGUUUUGUGGUUUUCCAGACAAAAGACCUCCCUGCCAUCAACAUAAGCUUUGGGCCUUUUGCCCGGGACCAGGCCCUGUCCAAGGAUCUGCUCCAGCCAGCCAGUCCACUGGAUAUUCCCGGCCAGCUGACGGUCAACUGGAAGGUGCGCGCCUUCAUUGUCCAGGCGCGGGUCUUCUCCAACAACCCCACAGUCCAGGUGUUUUUCUACAUCGCUGGCCGCGACUGGGACGACUUCAAGGCUCAGGACAAGCUGCCCUGCGUCCGCCUGCACGCCUUCCGGGAUGUCCGUGAAAUUAAAACCUCCUGCCGCAUGAAAGGCAACCUGGCGCAGUGCUUGGCCCAGCUCGAGCUGCCGCCGUCCUGGUUUAACACCAAUGUAGCCCCGCUGGGUCGGAGGAAAGGCUCCAGUGACGGGCUCUUGGAUGGGCUAACCAGCGAAACCCUCCAGGCUGAGCUCUACUACAGGCUACACGGGCCUAAUCUGGAUGGGGAGUGCGGCGAGGGCUCGGGUCACAGGGGUGGUGGUGUUUCCAGGGGAGAGCCUCUGCCACAGCACCCCCUGCUGCGCAUCGGGAGCAUCAGUCUGUACCAGGCCAGCCAGGAGCAGCUGCUGGUAGACAAGCAGUUAGAUAAGAACAUGUUCCUCAGGCUGCCUGAGAAGCCCCUGAAGCCUGGAGAGACCCUCAAAAUCUUCCUCUACCUGAUGCCCAACUCCACUGUCGAACAGUUCACCCUCAAGGUCAAAGCAAAGAAAGGGGUGAACCUGCUUCAGACCAAGUCCAAGAGCGCCCAGUGGAAGGUGGACUGGGAGGUGCAGUCCGGCGCCAAGCAUUCCAUCACCACCAUCGACGUGAACAAGAACAAAGCAGUCAAACAGGGGGAUGUGCUGGGUAAUGUCGAGGUGAUGCAGCUGGAUUUCGAGAUGGAGAACUUCACCAGCCUCUCGGUGACCAGAAGGAUCAACUGGAACAUCGACUACAAGGGGCAGAACCCGCCUCCAGAUUCGGAGAAGGUGGUGACGGAGCUGACGGUGGUACAGCGGGACAUUCAGGCCAUCAUCCCGCUGGCGAUGGACACCGAGAUCAUCAACACAGCCAUUCUGACCGGGCGCACUGUGGCCAUUCCUGUCAAAAUGGUCUCCAUAGAAAUGAAUGGGGCGGUCACUGACGUCUCAGCCUUUGUGCAGUGCAAGUCCUCCAAUGAAGACAUUGUUAAGGUGUCCAUGAAUUGCGACUACGUGUUCGUCAAUGGGAAAGAGACGCGGGGGUCCAUGAACGCGAGGGUCAUCUUCAGCUACGAGCACCUGAGCGCGCCGCUGGAGCUGACCGUCUGGGUGCCCAAACUUCCCCUGCAGGUGGAGCUUUCCGACAACAAUCUCAGCUUCAUCAAAGGCUGGAGGGUUCCCAUCCUGCCCGACCGAAGGAGCACCAGAGACAGCGACACAGAAGACGAAGACGACGAACGCCGGGUGAGCCGAGGCUGCACCCUGCAGUACCAGCGGGCCCUGGUCAAGGUGCUGACCCAGUUCCACACCACCUCCACAGAGGGCACCGACCAGGUCAUCACCAUGCUGGGGCCCGACUGGCAGGUGGAUGUCACAGACCUGGUCCAGGACUCCCUGAAGGUGGCCGACCCCAGGAUAGCUGAGCUGGUGGACAGGACGGUGUUGGUGGGCCUGGAGCUGGGAUCCACUGUGCUGAAGGUGGAGUCUCCGCUGGCGGUGGACGCGGUGUUGGGAGAGUCUGCGUUCUCGGUCACGGACGACAAGGUUUCCAUCACGGAGAUGCGCGUUCACGCCAUUUCAGGCCUGACCCUGUCACUGCAGCCCAGCCCCGGCAACAGCCACACCAUGGUAGCCAAGGCAACUGGCAUCCAGACGCUCGCUGCUCCCAAACAGGAGGCCAGUUUGUCCAUCUGGAUGCUUUUCAGUGACAACACAGCCGCCACUCUGACUUACUUUGAUCCCAAAGACUACAACCUCAACGCCUCGGCGCUGGAUGACAAAGUUGUGUCGGUGUCCCAGGAGCCUCAGCAGCGCUGGCCUGUGGUGGUGGCAGAAGGCGAGGGAUCUGGCGAGAUGGUGCGUGUAGAGAUGACCAUCUGUGAGGCCUGCCAGAAGACCAAACGCAAGAGCGUCAUCGCAUCUGCUGCGGUGUAUGUCAAGGUCCGCUUCGGCCCAGAGGAAGACUCUGAGGAAGAGGCCACCACAGAGGGAGAGAUCGAGCUGGCGCCCGUCACCAGGCGUCCAAUCGUCGAUCCGAACAUCAGCGGAAGAAUUUAUGAGACAUCUAAUGAGCAGCCUGCCAGCGUUCCCAUUGAUUACACCAAUUUCCCCACCAUUAGCAACCAGGAGCAACCAACUGAGAGCGAUGAGGAGGAGGAAGACGACUUCGUGCACUCACCGCGGAACAUGACCGACCUUGAGAUCGGCAUGUACGCUCUGCUGGGAGUCUUCUGUCUGGCCAUCUUAGUCUUUCUCAUCAACUGCAUCGUCUUCGUGCUUAAAUACCGCCAUAAGCGGAUCCCGCCGGAGGGUCAGGCCAACAUGGACCACUCCCACCACUGGGUGUUCCUGGGAAACGGACAGCCGCUCAGGGCCCAGUGUGAUCUGUCGCCACAGCAGGUAGAAAGUCCCAGUAACCCUUUGGAGGGCGUACAGACUUGCUGCCACGGCGACCACCACAGCAGCGGCAGCUCCCAGACUAGCGUUCAGAGCCAGGUACACGGGCGGGGCGACGGCAGCUCCGGGGGCUCUACGAAGGAGAACGGCGAGGAGGCCAGUUCACCCACCUCCAAGCGCAAGAGAGUGAAGUUUACCACCUUUACCACCCUUCCUACAGAGGAGCUGCCCUAUAACUCCAUCCCCAUAGCAGAUGAAGAGGACAUUCAGUGGGUUUGCCAGGAUAUGGGCUUUCAAGACCCAGAGGAACUGCAUGACUACAUGCGCAGAAUAAAAGAAAUAGCCUGAGAUGAGAGGUGCAGCGUGAAGCACCCGCUCAGCUUUCUAAAGAAAUGUUCCUUUCUAUUUUUCUCUUUUUCACCUAAGUGAAAGCUAAUUUUUCACAGACUAAAAGGCCAACUGUUGUUUUGGUUAGGGUGUGUUCCAUUUAGUUUGCACAGUGCUGUAAUCUCAUACACGCUCACACUGAAGAGAAUGCGAGGAAGCCAAAGACUUGACCAGAGGAUCUCAGUCUCUAGAGAAAUCUGCGAAUCUUGGCUACAGGAAACGUGUUUCACCGGGGAGCUGAGCCACGGCCAGACGUGAGAGCUUCUCCGGCUCUCUCGCUUUCAGGACCUGAUUCUGGACGCCUGAUGUGGACAGGAAUGUAGAAGAGGUUUGGUUUUGGCUGUGUUUUUGCUGGCUCAGUGGGACUCUGCGGUACUGUACCUACUCCAAACAAAGAGGCCUUUGAUGAACAAAAAAACUGUCAAAGACUCUCAUGAAAGCUACGUUAAAAAGUCAUUUUGUUUUUGCCAAAGUAGGAAAAGCGUUCUUCUCAUGGCGAAACUUUCUUCAUUGUUGUUCUCGGUGCAGCACAGUCAUGAUUUGUACUCAUGUUCAUUCCGUACAUUUUUCUACAUUUCAUAGGUAGUCGAAAGCAGUGCCCUCCUACUAGUCGUCCUGGCCCUGAGCGAAUCUAAUGCCUUAUAAAAAUGGUCACAGUUCACUUCUUAUAUCAGCGCGGACACCCUGUUUUCUCACUGCGGCUAGAGACGGUGUAGCACCACGUAAAAGCCUACAUCCGGUCUCGAGCAUGAGGUAUAAAUAGAAAAGAGCUUGUGUAUUGUGAGGAUCUCUAACGUUCUCUGCAUGGAAGGGGAUCUUGAGGCACAAUCAGCAACUUUUUCCAAAUUUGUAAAUGUUUGUAUUGUAAUUAUAUAAUCAUUCAUACACAUUACUAAAGUAAAUAUGUUAUCAUGCAUUACACGCAUGCCAUGUCGGGCCUACGUACGAGCAGACAUUCCUCUCUAGUGUAUGUAAAUACCGUAUCGAGCCACGGGCGUUCAACGAGUUACUUACGCCGGGCCAGACGAGCGGUACGCCGGUUGAAGUCUUGAAAAUUUUAUAGUCUUGUGGUGAGUAGAAGGUGCCCCUCGGUAACGUCGUGACACACCUGUAGCUUUCUAACAAAGUGGUAUCCUGUUAGACUGUUGAUCAUGGGGAUUUGCUAUGCAUCAGAACUGUAACAGAUCCAAUCUCCUGAUGAUUUAUUUCCCUUCCUCGCGUUCGGCCGGCCUCCAGCCUUUGGGAGAAUAAAAAGCUUAAAGUGUACAAACAUUCGCACUGAACACAAGAUCCUCUAAACUCUGAAAUCGGAAAUGUCAUCCGCCCGGGGAGAAGAUUGCUGAAUUAUUGAUUUCGCACCAUCGUUUAAAUCAUGGCAUAUCCCAUGUUGUCGUGCUGUUGUUAAAAA